UAGAUAUUGGGAACCAUCCUAUUGAGGUAGAAGCUCCCAAUACUUCCUACAACUCCCUAAUAUGCCUUGUCUUGCUAGCUACCUCUCUCUCGAGAUCCUGUCUCUGGGACUAGCAGCUUGCUGAUUGGUGUGCUACCUAACUUUACCCUAAACACACAACAGUCUACCCACUUCUGGCAAACCUUCUUUCAUGAAUUCCUUUCAACAUGUGUAGGCACAUUCUCUUCCAAGAUGAAAACCCAGGUUCCCAGUCUGCUUUCCCAGUGUUGUGAGUAUAAGCAAAAUAAUAAUUUAAAAACGCAAUAUUUUAUUUUUUUUUGAGGCAGAAUCUUGACUUAUAUAUAGCCCAGAAUAGCCUAAACUAUCCUGGAUUCACAGUAAUCCUCUUGCCUCAGCCUCCCAAUCUAGUAUUAAUGUUGUGUGUGUGCCUGGUCACAGCAGUUUGUAAUCCUUCACCGUCCUUUUAUCACCUGCCUCUUCAAAGUAAGUGGUUCCUAGUCCUCGGCGAUGUCUCACUGUUUGAACUUAGAUAUUUUUGCCAAGACAGUCUUUUGGGUCAUUCCAUUUCAUUCCUGACAUCUCCUCCCUUUGAACCAUGUGUAAAUGGAACAUUUAUUUUUACCUCAAGAAGUUGCCAAGUCAUCCAAAUCUGAUCUUUUAUACAGAGUGAAUAAUUGUUUAAAGGCAUAGAAAAAAUAGGCAUGUUUAACAAAUUUCAGGGCUUGCAAACACUUUUGAAUCCUCCAUUAAAAUUCCCAUGUUUGUAAAUACCUUUAUUGUCUGCUUUAUUCAUGUAAGAAAUGGGCUUAAUUAAAACAAAUGGGUGACAGUUUAAGUGCUACUAAUUUUUGAACUAAGUUAGAAAUGACUGAAUAGUAGUCAGGUUGCGUUUGUUAUUUGAAUGUUAUGGGUAAAUAUUCCUAACAUUACAGAGAUUUAAAGGGUUGUAGCUUGUUGCUUUCCAGCGUUGUAUUUAGUCAUAUUAUAUUUUGAUCUAUAGGAAAGAAUUCUCACUUUAUAAAGGUUUUACAAAAAUAUUGGACACCAUUGGAAAGACUGGGAGUAGAGAGAGAGAGAUUGAGGAUUACAAAUAUAUAUCCCAAAAAACUGGAGCGAUAAAGACAACCUUCAGUUACUAAACGCAGCUUUAACAGCGUGUGCAGCACGCUCCACGUUCGUCAGAAGAGGUCCUCUGAAUAACACUGUGCAUGCAUCCCCGAAAUGAAACUGUAUGUUAUUGGUUAACCAGGAUAUUUAGCAUAAUCACUCUGCUAGACUGUGGUGGAGGGAGGUGAUUAUCACUGAGAACAGAUGGGCAGGUCCACAGCACUGCCAGAUUCUGCACAGGCUCCGUUUAUCGUUGGUUCUUGCUUCUUUCCUUCUGUGUUUUUAAUUUUUUUUAACACUCUACGUUAUAAAGAACGAGCUGCAGGAAAGGUCAGUAGCUGGUGCCCUUUGAGCUUAGAUUUCAAACGGAGAAGAAAGCUUCUGAAAGCUAUUCCUGUGUAUCCAAGAAGGAUGGGACAGAUUUCAUUUUACCCUGUAGUCCCCCUCAAUGCAUGCACGGAUUUAUCUGCACGUUAAGCUCUCGGCUCGGCGUCUGUAGCUCCUGUGGAUUAUACUGUCUCUGUGAUCAGAAAUGAUUUUCUCGGAUAUGAACACCGUUUCCGGCUCCCCUAAAGUGCAUCUUCCUAAUGGGACCCGGUUUUACACUUUUCAAGAGUUUGCUGCACUGACUAAAGAGCUGAAUGCUUGCCGUGAGCAACUUCUAGAAAAGGAAGAAGAGAUUUCAGAGCUAAAAGCUGAAAGAAACAACACAAGACUGUUGCUGGAACACUUGGAGUGCCUUGUGUCCCGACAUGAAAGGUCACUAAGAAUGACAGUGGUCAAGCGGCAAGCACAGUCUCCCUCUGGAGUGUCCAGUGAAGUGGAGGUUCUCAAGGCACUGAAAUCUUUGUUUGAGCACCACAAAGCCUUGGAUGAAAAGGUAAGGGAGCGACUGAGGGUUUCUUUAGAAAGAGUCUCUGCACUGGAAGAGGAACUAGCUGCAGCUAAUCAGGAGAUUGUUGCCUUGCGUGAGCAAAAUGUUCAUAUUCAAAGAAAAAUGGUAUCGAGUGAGGGGUCCACGGAGUCAGAACAUCUUGACGGGAUGGAACCAGGCCAGAAAGUCCAUGAAAAGCGUCUAUCCAAUGGCUCCAUAGAUUCCACAGAUGACACCAGCCAGAUCGUCGAGCUGCAAGAAUUGCUUGAAAAGCAAAACUAUGAAAUGGCCCAAAUGAAAGACCGCUUAGCAGCUCUUUCUUCCCGAGUGGGAGAAGUGGAACAAGAAGCCGAGACGGCAAGAAAGGACCUCAUUAAAACAGAAGAAAUGAACACCAAAUAUCAAAGGGACAUCCGAGAGGCCAUGGCUCAGAAGGAAGAUAUGGAAGAAAGAAUCACAACUCUGGAGAAGCGUUACCUGAGUGCCCAGAGAGAAUCUACCUCCAUUCACGACAUGAAUGAUAAACUAGAAAAUGAGUUGGCAAACAAGGAAGCCAUCUUGCGGCAGAUGGAAGAGAAAAACAGGCAAUUGCAAGAGCGUCUUGAGCUGGCUGAGCAAAAGUUACAGCAGACCAUGAGGAAAGCUGAAACUUUACCUGAAGUAGAGGCAGAACUUGCUCAGAGAAUUGCAGCCCUAACAAAGUCUGAUCCAACCUCUUCUACCUCAUCUGAUGAUUAUCAAUAUGUUAUGGAAGCUAAACUACAAGAAAUGAUCUCCAUACGUAGGAAGGCUGAAGAGAGACAUGGAAAUAUUGAAGAGCGUAUGAGACACCUAGAGGGUCAACUUGAAGAGAAGAAUCAAGAACUUCAAAGAGCUAGGCAAAGGGAGAAAAUGAAUGAAGAGCAUAACAAGAGAUUAUCUGACACCGUGGACAGGCUUCUGACAGAAUCCAAUGAGCGCCUGCAGCUGCACCUAAAGGAAAGGAUGGCUGCCUUGGAAGAGAAGAAUGUUUUGAUUCAAGAAUCAGAAACCUUCAGAAAAAAUCUUGAAGAGUCCUUACAUGAUAAGGAAAGACUAGCAGAAGAAAUAGAGAAGUUGAGGUCUGAACUUGACCAAAUGAAAAUGAGAACUGGCUCUCUAAUUGAACCAACUAUAUCGAGAACUCAUCUAGACACCUCCGCUGAGUUGCGGUAUUCAGUUGGGUCCCUCGUAGACAGCCAGUCUGAUUACAGAACCACUAAAGUAAUACGAAGACCAAGGAGAGGCCGCAUGGGUGUGCGAAGAGAUGAGCCAAAGGUGAAAUCCCUUGGGGAUCAUGAAUGGAACAGGACUCAGCAAAUUGGAGUACUAGGCAGUCACCCAUUCGAAAGUGACACUGAAAUGUCAGAUAUUGAUGAUGACGACAGAGAAACGAUUUUCAGCUCAAUGGAUCUUCUCUCUCCAAGUGGCCAUUCUGAUGCCCAGACGCUAGCUAUGAUGCUUCAAGAACAACUGGAUGCAAUCAACAAAGAAAUAAGGCUAAUCCAGGAAGAAAAGGAAUCUACAGAAUUGCGUGCUGAAGAAAUCGAGAAUAGGGUGGCUAGUGUAAGCUUGGAAGGUCUGAACUUGGCAAGGGUCCAUCCUGGUACCUCCAUCACUGCUUCUGUUACAGCUUCAUCACUGGCCAGUUCAUCUCCCCCAAGUGGACACUCAACGCCAAAGCUUACACCAAGAAGCCCGGCCAGGGAAAUGGACCGUAUGGGAGUCAUGACCCUGCCAAGUGAUCUAAGGAAACAUCGGAGAAAGAUUGCAGUGGUGGAAGAAGAUGGGCGGGAAGAUAAAGCAACAAUUAAAUGUGAAACUUCUCCUCCCCCAACACCCAGAGCCAUCAGAAUGACUCACACCCUACCUUCUUCCUACCACAAUGAGGCCCGGAGCAGUUUAUCUGCCUCUCUUGAGCCAGAUAGACUUGGGCUUGGCAGUGCCAAUAGCAGCCAGGACUCUCUUCACAAAGCCCCGAAGAAGAAAGGAAUCAAGUCUUCAAUUGGGCGUUUGUUUGGUAAAAAAGAGAAGGCUCGACUUGGGCAGCUUCGAGGCUUCAUGGAGACAGAAGCUGCAGCACAGGAAUCGCUGGGCUUAGGCAAACUUGGCACUCAAGCUGAAAAGGACAGAAGGCUGAAGAAAAAGCAUGAACUUCUUGAAGAAGCUCGUAGAAAAGGAUUACCCUUUGCCCAGUGGGACGGACCUACUGUGGUUGCGUGGCUGGAGCUCUGGCUGGGAAUGCCUGCUUGGUAUGUGGCAGCAUGCAGAGCCAACGUGAAAAGUGGUGCCAUCAUGUCGGCUUUAUCAGACACUGAAAUCCAAAGGGAGAUUGGAAUCAGCAACCCUCUGCACCGCUUAAAGCUCAGACUAGCCAUCCAGGAGAUGGUUUCCCUCACAAGCCCUUCAGCUCCUCCGACAUCGCGAACUCCUUCAGGCAAUGUCUGGGUGACCCAUGAAGAAAUGGAAAACCUCGCAGCUCCAGCAAAAACGAAAGAAUCUGAGGAAGGAAGCUGGGCCCAGUGUCCGGUUUUUCUACAGACCCUGGCUUAUGGAGAUAUGAACCAUGAGUGGAUCGGGAACGAAUGGCUUCCCAGCCUCGGAUUACCGCAAUACCGAAGUUACUUUAUGGAAUGCUUGGUUGAUGCAAGAAUGUUAGAUCACCUCACAAAAAAGGAUCUUCGUGUCCAUUUAAAAAUGGUGGAUAGUUUCCAUCGAACAAGUUUACAGUAUGGGAUUAUGUGCUUGAAAAGAUUGAAUUAUGAUAGGAAAGAGCUAGAGAGAAGACGAGAAGCAAGUCAACAUGAAAUAAAAGAUGUUUUAGUGUGGAGCAAUGAUCGAGUUAUUCGCUGGAUCCAAGCGAUUGGACUUCGGGAAUAUGCCAAUAACAUUCUUGAGAGUGGAGUGCAUGGCUCACUCAUAGCCCUGGAUGAGAACUUUGACUACAGCAGCCUAGCUCUACUGCUGCAGAUUCCCACGCAGAACACCCAGGCAAGGCAGAUUCUUGAACGCGAGUAUAAUAACCUCUUGGCUCUGGGAACUGAGCGGCGACUGGAUGAAAGUGAUGACAAGAAUUUCAGACGCGGAUCAACCUGGCGAAGGCAGUUCCCUCCUCGCGAGGUACACGGAAUCAGCAUGAUGCCUGGAUCCUCAGAAACAUUACCAGCUGGAUUCAGGUUGACCACAACAUCUGGGCAGUCCAGAAAAAUGACGACAGAUGUUGCUUCAUCAAGACUGCAGAGGUUAGACAACUCCACUGUUCGCACAUACUCAUGUUGACAAGUCACUCAAAGGAGGCAGCACUGACCUGCUAUGUCGUCUUUUCUGUCUACACGACCUAAAGUGCACUACUGCCUAAGAAGACAAAUGGAGAAGUCUUUGUGAAGACUGAACUCUAAAGGAAUAAUAUAAGUAACGAUUUACCAAACGUUAAAUAUGUGACUCUGGGGGGAGUUGGGUCUUGGGUUUGAUUAGUUUACUAUGAUUGUAAUAAAAUGUUUAAGUCAUCUGAUGUAAGAGCAUCAUCCACGUCAUAAAUUCUGAACAUCUGAUGCUUUUAUGAGAUGGAACCACUCGUUUUUUUCAUGUUGUAAUAUAAUAGGCAUUUAUGUAUUACUGUGUAUCAUUUCUUUUUAAAGGUGUAAGUCUUCUGUAAAUGGAUAUAAAUAUGAUUUUUUUAAAAAAAUAAAAUAUAUGGUUCAUGGAGUCUCGAGUGCAAACAUUGAACAAUUCCAAGUACUGUUUGUAUUUUACCAUUUCACCAUUUAUACGGUUUUUGAACUGUAACAGUCAAUCAAUAUGUUUCUUAGAAGUGUGUUUCAUGCUUCGACAUGCUUCUCCUUCAAGUCUGUCAUACUUUAAAGCUGAACACCUGCCUCUGAUCAUGUGAUUUAACCUGGAGCCCAAAAUGACCUUUAAAGGCAAUCAGGGAUGUGAUACCCUCUCUCUCUCUCUCUCUUUACAAAUGCACUGUGAUGGCUCAAUCUGUUUUAAAAGAAAACAAAGCCAAACUGUUUACAAGAGUCAAAUGCAAUGAUUUUAAAAAUUUAUAUUAAGAAAACCAUUACCUAAUCGUGUUGCCUGUGGACCAAGAAACACACACACACACACACACACACACACACACACACACACACACACACAUUUUAUUAAGAACUACACGUUCAUAGAAACACCCUGAACUUCCAGCCAGCACUGGACAGUGAAUGUCAAUCAUUGUAGAGUCUGAGGUCCAUUUCCACUAGGGGUGGGGUGGAGGGGCAGAACCCCAUAACCCACCCCUUUUUAAAAUCACUGUUAACAGGGCAUUAGCCAGACUCAAGUCUGAUAUCACAAGCCUUUAGCUGAACUAACCAUUUUUUGUGACUUCCCUGAAUUCCCUUUCAUCAGAGGAAAUAAAGACAGAAUGGAUUAACAUUAACAUAUAUAGUGUAUAAAAACGUAAAGAUGAGUAAUCUUUUUCUUGUGGCUUUUUUUGGUGGUGUCACUGUUGUUUAUUCUUUAUUGAUAUGGGAGAUUUCAAAGUGAAACCUAUUUAAUAAUACCAUUGACUAACUGCUGUUUUCCUGCUGCUUGGUCUUAUUAAAUGCAAGACCUGUCAUUAGUAAAUUAUAUUUUUUUUGUAUUUUAAUUCGUUAUAUUUGCACGUACAUUUGUUUCAAUGUCUAUUUUUGUUGAACAGAUUCAAUCAAAAGGUAAUGGUAACAGAAACCCUCUCCAUUGUCAAUAAAAAAAAAUGCUUCCA